ACAGCUAGAUGGCUUUGUAGCGCUGCUGUUGAAACCGGUCCGACCGCUGCUGGAAAACUGCCCGUAAAUGCCACGAAAAUGAGCUUUUCCACAAUUUAUUUGCGAUGGAUUUUACUACCCGCCCUUUGGGUUGCAGGUUUUCCUCUUGAAGAGAGUAAGACAGAUCGCAAGAAAGUUGACUUCGUUGCUGGUCUCGUAUUUAGACUUGAAUGCAUCAGUAACAGUCAGAAUGUGAGCUGGAGUCGUGUUCCCAGUCAGAGCUUGGAAAACAUCAGUGGAAUAACCAUUAAAGACGACACGCUAUGGUUCCUCCCUGCUCGGCCCGUCCACAGCGGAGAAUACUCUUGUCUCAGCAGAGAAGGCAAUGACACCUGGGAAACAAUAUAUGACGUCUCCGUUCAGAAUAAAACAUGCCCCACUAGGAACAGAAUGCAAGAAGUAAUGAGCACAAAGGAAUUUGAAUGUUUCCUUCCUCACAUCUUUGAGUUGGACCCUGGAGCUCAAGUAACCUGGCGAAAUAACUGCCAUCCACUCAAUGUGACGUACAGUAAGGUUUUUCCGGUAAACAGAUCCUCGGAGAUGGAAGGACUGUACACUUGCUUUGUGAACUUUACUUUUGAAGGGCAAAACUACUUUGCUGCCCAGACUACAAAAAUCUACUUCCAGUCUAAAGACUUUGUGGUGACGCAGCCUAAAAUUAUCUACCCAAAGGAAGAAACAGUCGCAGUAACACUUGGUGAAAGUUACAAUCUGAGCUGCAAAGCUCUUGUUGGGAAGAACGACAUGGAAGAAACUUCCCUAUACUGGUUUGGUGGAUCUCUCACUCUGAGCUACAAGAGCACCACCUUAAAGGAGAAUGACCGGAAGUACAUGCUGUCUGUUUUAUCCAUCUCAGAAGUCACAGCUGAAUAUCUGUACAGGAAUCUCACCUGUAUGGUUCAACAUCCAACAGGUUUCGAUUCUGGAAGAAUCAUACUCAUCCCAGGCGAGCUCUAGGUUAUAUUG